UUUCCACCAUUUGUGGAGUAAAUAAAGAAGAGAGAUGAUAUUGAAAGCAGUUGUGCUGCUGGGCUGUGCUCUGGGCAUCAGCGCAUUCCCCAUGGAAGACCCUGAAGAUGGAGGCAAGCACUGGGUGGUGAUCGUUGCAGGUUCAAACGGCUGGUACAACUAUCGACACCAGGCAGAUGUGUGCCAUGCGUACCAGAUUGUACACCGAAAUGGAAUUCCAGAUGAACAGAUCAUUGUCAUGAUGUAUGAUGACAUUGCUGAUAAUGAAGAAAAUCCAACAAAAGGCAUUGUCAUCAAUAGACCUAAUGGCACAGAUGUGUAUGCUGGAGUCCCCAAGGACUACACAAAGGAGGAUGUUACUCCAAAGAAUUUCCUUGCUGUUCUCAGAGGAGAUGCAGAAGCAGUGAAGGGAGUGGGAUCAGGAAAAGUAUUGAAAAGUGGUCCCAAGGAUCAUGUGUUUGUUUAUUUCACUGACCAUGGAGCUCCAGGACUUCUGGCUUUUCCUGAUGAUGAUCUUCACGUGAGGGACUUGAAUAAGACUAUUUGGUACAUGUAUCGCCACAAAAAGUACCGUCAGAUGGUUUUUUACAUUGAAGCAUGCGAGUCUGGAUCUAUGAUGAAUCAUUUGGCUGAUAAUAUCAAUGUUUAUGCAACAACAGCUGCCAAUCCCAGAGAGUCAUCUUAUGCGUGUUACUAUGAUGACGAAAGGCAGACUUACCUUGGGGACUGGUACAGUGUGAAUUGGAUGGAAGAUUCAGAUAUGGAGGAUCUCAGAAAAGAAACACUCCACAAGCAGUUUCAACUGGUGAAGAAACGCACCAACACCAGCCAUGUGAUGCAGUAUGGAAACAGAAGCAUCUCCUCCAUGAAAGUGAUGCAGUUUCAGGGCAUGGGGAAGAAAGCUGUCCCUAUUUCUCUGCCGCCUGUAGACCACCAUGACCUGAUGCCUAGUCCCGACGUGCCACUUGCAAUCAUGAAAAGAAAGCUGAUGGCUACCAAUGACAUUUAUGAGGCUAAGAGGAUUGCUGGAGAGAUGAAAACACACCUGGAGGUGAGAGAAUUUAUCCAGGAAUCCAUGCAAAAGAUCAUCACCUUAGUAACAGGAUCAAAAGAACAGGCCAACCAAAUUCUGUCAGACAGAUUGACCAUCAGCAAUUACGACUGCUACCAGUCAGCGGUGAACCACUUCAAAGCUCGUUGCUUCAACUGGCACUUAGCCAUGUAUGAAUAUGCACUGAGACAGCUGUAUGCCUUGGUCAACAUUUGUGAAGGAGGAUACCCCAUUGACAGAAUAUUCCUGGCCAUGGAUAAAGUGUGCCUUGGGUAUUGAUGGAAA